CCCGGUAGAUGUUUCACUGCCUCCAUUCAUUACAUCGCAUCCUCUCAGCAGCAGCAGCAGCAGCAGCUCUCUGCUCUCCGCCUUCAGCCCUCCUCCCUCCGCCCUCCCUCCUGCUUCUCUCCGCCUGCCUGCCUGCCUGCCUGGAGAAAGAUGGCUGCUGCUCCGGUGGUGGUGGUGGUGAGGAGCUCCGGCUCCUCCGGCUCCUCCAGCCCCUCCGGCUCCGGCCCGGUACCGUCGCCGCCGCUCUGCCCGAGCUUCGCCGAGGUCUGCUCGUUCCUGGAGCGGUUCGGAGCCGUGCUGGAUCUGCCCGAGAUGACUUUCCCGCAGAUGGAGAGGUAUCUGCGGGACACCACGGCAGUUCCUAAACCCCUGGUGGAGCUCCAUGUGAAGCUGCUCAGAAAACUGGGGAGAUCUGUGACUACUGACCGCUGGGAAAAAUACCUGGCUAAGGUUUGCCAGGAGUUGAACAGUACCUGGGCAUGGGAGCUGGAACAGAAGGGCUACCAGGAGAUGUCCAUGGAGUGCAAGUCAUGCAUCCUCAAAUAUCUCUGUGAGUGUCAGUUCGAUGACAACCUGAAGUUCAAGAUGGCGAUUAAUGAGGAGGAACCAGAGAAGAUGCGUAUGCAGCCUAUAGGUCGGGACAAGCAGGGCCUGAUGUACUGGCUUCAGCUGGACCAGGAGCAGAACAUCCGGCUGUACACGGAGGAGCAGGACGAUCUGGACGGAUCCACCUGGAAGUGCAUCGUCAGGACUCGUAACGACUUGGCUGAGGCUCUGGAGCUGCUCAAGGCCCAGGUUGAACCCAAACAGAAUCCGGACCAGGACCAGGACCAGGACCAGGACCAGGACCAGAACCAGAACCAGGACCAGAACCAGGCUGGAUCCAGGACUGCCAGCCCUACAGAAAAAGAUGCAGGGGAUGAGGCCAUUGGAAGCACCAAGUCUCAACCUUCCAAGAUCACAGAGGAGGUUGACCCUGUAAAGGAAGAGGAACCCCUAACACAAGUUGCAGUUGCAGUUGCAGUUGCAGUAAAGCUGGAGGAGACGCAGCCCACCAAGCAGGAAAACACUGAGGCUGAGGUGAAAGAAGAGAAGACGGACCACAAAUCAUCACCUGUUUUUGACAACCGCGUGAGCACGAUCACCACCAUCAUCAAAUCAGAAUCCAGGGACGCCGACGCUCCCAAAAAUGCUGUGUCAGUCGUCAUGGCACCAGGUGCGACUGUGGCAAAACAGGAAAUGAACAAGGAAGAGGAAGCAGAACGGGCUGUUGUCAGGAGCAACCAGCAGGCCAAGAUACCACUGAAGAAGAGGGAGCUUAAGAUUGCUGAGAGCUAUCACAGCAACCACCUCAACAACAGUAACAGCAGCAGUAUUAUUGUUUGCAACCCUUCUGUGAUCCAGACCAAGGAGAGUCAUGGAAAAGAGGGGAAGUUGCCAAGCUCCUUAGCGCCCCCUGGUGGUCCACCUGCCUCACAACCGCAACUAGUGGUCACUGCAUCGAGGCUAGAACUGAGCAACGGGAGAGCGUCUCUUACCUUGCCGCAUAAAGAGGGACAAAAUGGAGUCAUAGGGGUCAUAGGUCAAGUCGGCGUUAUAGGUCAUGUAGGGGUCAUUCGUAGCCCAUCUGAGCGUCACCGACCCUCCGGUGCUGAGCAGCAGGAACAAAAUGGGCCCAGUUUAGACCACCGGGGAUCCAGAGCUGUAGAGGAAGAGAAGGAAGUGAGCCGGCAGUCAGUGCUGGUAAGGAAGGGACCUGUUGAAGGGGAGACGGCAGCAGCAGCAGCCGCCGCUCUUCCUCCUCCUGCCGCGAUGGAAGCUCAACCAGCCAGAAAACUACAGUUGUCACCCUUAAAAUCUGAUCCACUCCCUGAAGCUGUAGAGGAAAAAGUGGAUUCUGUUAGUCUUUCCUCACUGUCUCAGCCCACAGAGGACCCCAAAAGACAGACGGCAGAAGACCUGGAUAAGAAUACCACAGAAGGGGAGACAAAAACUGGACACAGCAGUCGUCAAGAGAAGGAUGAGAACCUGGAGGAGAGGAGAAGAGAGGUGUCUGGGCGCCCUUUGGCAGAAGAAGGAAAUAAAGAUGACCAUGAAAAGAAUGAAAGCAAUUUAGGAAAGGAGGCAGAAUCAGGGAGCACCACUCCACCUCUAAAAGUAGACCAGCAGGAUAAAAAGGACCAUCAGGGAGAUGGGGUCAAUGGUGGGUUGGCUGCCCAGGUUAGGGUGAAGGACAUUGGGCUUGGAUCAGUGGAGAAGCAGGGUCCCCGGGAGGAGGCCUCCUCUGAGCUCCAGAAAGAAGGAAUAAGGUUGAAGAUCAAGAUUCCUCCUCACCGGAGAAACAAGUUAAGGGGGAAAGGGGGAAAGGAGGAAGAGAAAGAGAAAGAGCAGGAGGUGCAAGAGGAAGGGAGGACGCUGAGGAGAUCUGCAAGGAUUUGCAGAUCUGCUUUGCCAACCUGCAGGCCGAGCUCAAAGGCGACUGAGAGCCAGAAAAAGAAACCGCAAAAAAAACAGGCACUUUCUACCAAAACGAGGGAAGAAGAGGAGGAGGAGGAGGGAGAAGAGGAAGAUGAUGAAGAGGAGCAAAGCUCAACUAUAAAGAAAGACAUAAAAACAGAACCUGUUGGGCAAAUUAGGAAACAGAGGGGUAAACGGAGGCAUCGACGUGCCCGAUGGUCCAACAUUCGUGCCAAGAAACGCAAACUGAACGAGGGAGAAGAGGUGGAGGACAGAGGGAGGAAACGAGGAGAGGGGGAGAGCGAAGGAGGGAGCGACUCAGAAGAAUCCUGUAAAUCAGAGGAGAUUCCCAGUGAGGAUGCCUGCAGUCACUGUGGCCUGCCCAACCACCCUGAACUGAUCCUGCUGUGUGACUCUUGUGAUAAUGGAUACCACACUGCCUGUCUGCGGCCACCGCUCAUGCUGAUUCCAGAUGGAGAGUGGUUCUGUCCACCCUGCCAACAUAAGCUGCUGUGUGAGAAACUGGAGGAGCAACUGCUGAACCUGGACAGCGCUCUGAAGAAAAAAGAGAGAGCAGAGAGGAGGAGGGAGCGGCUGGUGUACGUAGGAAUCAGUGUGGAGAACAUCAUCCCUGAGGGCGAUGAGGGGGAAGAGGAGAAGUCGACGAAGAAGAAGGAUCCCAAAAAGAGCAAAAAUCUGGGGAGGAGAUCAACCAGAACCAGGAAGAACAUCAGCUACAGGUUUGACGACUUUGACGAUGCCAUUGACGAGGCUAUAGAGGAGGACAUCAGGGACCUCUGUGGAGGAGCCGGGCAAGGCCGAGACAUCACCGCUAUCCUGUCGGAGGACGGGAAGGAGAGCCAGCGGCCAAUCAGAAGCCAGGCUAUCUCUGCCAGGAACAGGAAGAAGCGGAGACUGAACGACCUGGAGAGUGACAGCACGGCAGCAGAGAGCGAAGACGAGUUCAUGCUCAGCAACAGCUCGGAGGAUGAAGAUUUUGCUGCGUCAGGUGCUGAUGAUGACGAGGAGGACGAUGACGAUGCGGGCAGCGACGUGGGCAGCGUGGAGAGUGGGACUCGCCCCAGACGGGCGGCGAAAGGGGCACCUAAAAUCCGACCCAGCAGGACCCAACGCCGGGGCCGGAAACGGCUGAGACGGCGGCGGAGACGCUCCUCCGAGGAAGAGGAGGAAGAAACUGAUGAAGAAAUGGGCUCCGAUCAGUUCAGCGACAUGACUGACAGCGAUGCUGAAAAAAAGAGGCGGGGUCUGAGGCGUGGCCAGCGCCAGCAGGUCAACUACCGCGAGACGUCGGAGUCGUCAGACAACUCCCGGGCCUCCGCCAAGAAGGUCAAAGUUAGACCCCGCGGCAGACCACGCAAGGAGCACCUCUCGAGCGACUACAGCGAUGUGACGCCUUCUUCCAGAGACUCUGAGGAGGAGGAGGAUUAUGAAGAUCAAGAGGAUGAUGACCAGAGAAGAAGAGUGAACAAGAGGAGAAGAAAGGAGGAAGACCUCCGGAGUAACCGGACGAGAGAAAAGCGGAGGAGGUACGAACGCGAUGAAGAAGAGGAGGAUGACGACAGAGAGAGAGGAAGGCGUCUGAAAAGGAAACUAUUAGAGAAGGAGAAGACGGACAAAGACAAGCGGAGGAGGUUAAAGAGGACAGAAAGAGAAGAAGAGGACCUGGAGAAGAUGGGCAGGGGGAAGAGGAGAGAGAUAUUGUCACAGCAGCGGCGCAAACGGCUCGCUCAGAUGCUGAAAAAAAGGCGGCCUUCGACGGACGACGAGGACGAGGACGAGGAAGACUCAGAGGAAUCAGAGUCGUCGUCGGAAGAGGAUCGUCCAAUCCGCAAAAGACUCAACCGCAUCGACUCUGAUGAUGAUGAUGAUGAUGAUAAUAAUGAUGAUGAUGAUGAAGAAGAGGAAGACGAUGAGGAGGAGGGAAGACAAAAGGUGACGAUGAAGAAGUGUUCAGCGGUGGAGAGGAGGGCCGACAGCGACACUCAGGAAAAGGGGAGAGGCCGCAGCCUGUCUCCGUCAAACGGACAUCGGACCUCCAGAGGCCCGGCGAAGCCCGGGGCUGGAAGUCCCUCUGUCCCACGGGACAGUGAAGGGUCAGGCAGGCACAAUGGCCCCUUACAUCCAGAGGAGGAGGAGGAAAAGGGGGAGGAAAAGGAGGAGGAAAAGGAGGAGGAAAAGGAGGAGGAAGAGGAGGAGGAGGAGGGCCAGACAGACUCAUUAAACUCUGUCCAGAACAGUCCGCAGUCAUGAUGGCUGUGUUUGUGUGAAUAACGCUCGCUUCUUUGUUUUUUUUCUUUUAACUGUCAGGCCUUUCACCCACAAAUGGACCUCUCUCCACCUCCGCCUCUUCCUCUUCUUACUCUCCUGUCUUGCUCUUCCUCCCCGCUGUCGUGUUGUGUUAGAGUGCUCUCCGCCAUCACAUACUGUAUGAUUACACUCAUCGUCACCUCUGGCGGAAGGUAACCCGCCAGCCAGCAGGACCAAAAAGCAUCCUCGCACCAGGACUGGCAGCACUUCCUGUUUCAGUGGACGCAUUCGCACGCAGCCGGAGGUUCUCGUGAUCUCUGAACUCUUGAUUUACGGACGUCUCUCUGGUGGAUCCAAGUGGCAGGGUGAUAGUGGAUUCAUCCCCAUGUGGGUUAGGGUUGAAUUGGGAGUCUGUUUGUAGUGUACCUCAACAUAAAGCACUUCAUCAUUCUCAUAGCACUUAAUAGCUCGCCGCCAAGGAGAGUGUCAGUGUCAAACCGAACACUUUGGAUCAUAUGACCUGAUGGUUACAGACACCAGACACACAAAGUAUCUACCCAUGCUGAGAGUUUUUGGUUUUAUCUGUCCAGGUUUUCAGAUAUCUGCCUCCACUCCAAAACAAUGGAAGUGAGUUGUAUUUGUGGUUCUCACAACGGUGUUUUAAAUGUCGUGGUGCUGUACUGAAAAAUGACCCAGUAGCCUUACGGGUGGGGGGACAUUUGUUGCAUGUCAUACCCCCCUCUCUCUCCCCAUGUUUCCUGUCUCUCUCUACACUGAAAAAAGAUAAAAGUGAUCUAGUUAACAGUAAAUCUCUAGACUUUUUAAAUGCUCUUUUUUCAGCACAGUGAGCACCACAAACUAAAUAAGGAUUCACCUCCACGUUGUUGAGACAGAUGUUCAGACAGAUAACCUGCAAAUAUAAAACCAGAACUAUCUGCACGGUUAGAUCCGAAUCAAUCCUCAUAGCGUGACGCUUCUUGUAAGUAAUCCUGGACAUGAUCAUGACCCAAAUAACAGCCUUAUUUACAUGCAAAUACUGUAAUAAUCAGUAG